GGAGACGCGGAGACGCGCAGCUCCUCCCACGGGCUUUAGGCUCGGAUGGAUUUACUCUCUGAAUGUCUUCGGUGAAUCACAAUCCUCCAAACACAACGUGAAAACACGUUAUAUUGAAAUAAUUCAUAUAAACCACCUCGUUGGUGAUCGUGCCAGGCAGACUGAAUUUGAAACGCCGCGCACUGACUAAACUUGAAUGUAGUUUAAUUACAAUAAUAUCAAAUACAUUGAUAAGUUGAGAGUGCUGGAUGUCUGUUUAACAUCUAGAGAAAGAGAAAGAAAAAGUACAACACAAGUUUAAGAGGAGAAACCGGGAGAAAAAUAACUCAAGGACCCUCGCUGAUCACCUUGUCGUCGAGAAGGUCUGGAGUGUGUGAGUGGGAUGUCUGCAGAUCAGCUUUGGCCUGACUAUGGUGAAACACCAACCGUUACAGGUGUAUGAGAGACAGCUGUGUUUGUCCUGUCUGACCGGGAUCUACGGCUGCCGCUGGAAACGGUACCAGCGCUCCCAUGACGACAGCUCCAAGUGGGAAUGUUCAUGGUUCUUCCUUCUCUGCUGUUCCUUUCUCCUUCUCCUCGUCUGGUCCUACUUCUGGUUGGAGGCUCGUAAUGACUACAACGAGUUCAACUGGUUGUUAUAUAAUCGUUCAGCCGUUUGGAAGGAUGGCACAGUCCCUAUUCUCACCACAACACUCACAGGAUUCACUUACACUGCAUUUUUAAUGAUUCUUGCACUUUGUCACAUUGUACUGGGACAGCAGCUUAACUUGUACUGGAUCCAUAAGAUUGUAGUCCUGGCUAUUCUGCUCACCACCAUAGCAGGAGUGGUGUACAUUGAUGAUUUCUGGCAGGACGAAUGGGACAUUGUCAUCAUUUCUCUGCAGUUCACAGGGCCGUUUCUACACAUUGUGGCUUUAGCUGUGGUCACAGCAUUAGGUUGGAUCAUCGCUGGUCAGGUGGUCCGUGUGGAAAGAUCAAGACGCAAAGUUGUAACGCUGGUGAUUUAUGUGAGCCUUCUCUUGGUUCUCUAUCUGGUUCCCCUCUUCAUCUCAUCUCCCUGCAUCAUAGACCGGUCCAAGCUCAGUCCUCGUCCCGCUGUCAUUGGCCGUCGUGGAGCUCCAAUGCUCGCUCCAGAACACACCAUUAUGUCCUUCGGUAAAGCACUGCAACAGAAGGUCACUGCCCUGGAAGCAGAGGUUACCAUCAGUCUGGAUGGAGUGCCUUUUUUGAUGAGGGACCGCACACUCCGCAGGACCACCAAUGUGGACAAACUGUUUCCGGCCCGCCAGGAUCACGAUGCCUCGUUCUUUAACUGGACAGAGAUUCGCAGUCUCAAUGCUGGACUUUGGUUCCUCAGGGAUGAUCCAUACUGGACAGUGCAGUACAUGUCUGGAAAAGAUCGCAACCGCACAGCCAAUCAGAAGGUGUGUAGCCUAGCGGAGCUGCUGCGUCUGGCUGCUAGAGCGAACCGCUCAGUGAUUUUCAGCCUGCGGCGGCCUCCAUCCCAGCAUCCCCGGCAUCAGCUCUGGGUCAGUGAUGCACUGAAGGUGAUUCAGAGAUCCAGCAUCCUACCAGAACAGGUGAUGUGGACGCCUGACUGGUACAGGAAGAAGGUGCGUGCAGCGGUUCCUCUCCUUCAGCAGACGUCAGAUGAGAAACUUCCUGUGGCUGAGCUGAAAGAAAGAGGGAUCAGUACUCUGACCCUGCACUACAGCCAGGCCAGAGCUCGGGAUAUCAGGCAGUUCUCUGGCAGUAAUGUGAGUGUAAACGUGUAUCCGGUGAACGAGCCGUGGCUCUAUUCGCUCAUGUGGUGCAGCGGGGUUCAGUCCGUCUCUUCUGAUGCCCCACACAUUCUGAAGAAAGUGCCUAGACCUGUCUGGAUCAUGAGUGCAGAUGAAUAUGGCCUGAUAUGGAUCACUUCAGAUAUAAUCUCUGUGGCGAUUGUCAUCGGCAUCUUCGUAUUUCAGAACUAUCACCUGAUCAGGUGGAAGAUGAGUGGCAUGCGCAGCUACAACCCGGAACAGAUCAUGCUCAGCGCUGUAGCACGUCGGCCGAGUCGUGACGUCAACCUCAUGAAGGAGAAACUGAUCUUCUCAGAGAUCAACAACGGUGUCGGGAGCACAGAUGAGCUCUCCGUGUACAGAAGAAACGGACUGGACAUGUACUCCCUCAAUGACAUCAUGACACCCGCCCGUCAUGCAACGAAACUUUAAUGACUACUUGAAGCCAUUUAAUGGAACAGACAUCUCGAGCUCAAAAUCAUUCAUUUAGACAGCGUUGCUUUUUCGAACAUUGAUUGAAUGGUUUUUGAUUGGUUCACAGACACUCUGGGCCUGUAUUCCAAUGAGUCAGUGUUCUGCUUUGAUGCCUUACAUAGCCGUGUAUUUUUCCUGUACCAAACUGUAUUUAAGUUAUUGUGGACUGUAAAGUUUCGAGUCAGAUCUUGAAAGCAGGUAAUAAGUGUCCUAUUAAUAAUAUUUUUGAAGAACAGACUGAAGAUUAAUGGAUUUAAUGUUAAAGCAUGCCGAAAUCACAGAUUCAGAGAUGUUCUGAGCCCCACACUAGCCCUUGUAAAGCUCGACUGUAUAGGCUGAUAUAAUUAUUUAUUUUUUAUGUUAUUUUUGUAACACAUUAUUUGCUUGCUGGUGAUUCAUGUCAUUGCACCUAGCUUAAGAUCACAUUUCUUCUACCUUGCUGUAUCAGUGUCUUUUUAAGUGAUUUGUUUUGUAAUGAAAUCUCUGAAUUGC